AUGCUUGUAUGCUUGUCCUUUUUACAUAAGAGUAAGUGUAAAUACAAAGGAUAUAAAAAGUUAAGUAUCAAAAAUCCAAAACAAGGGGAAUAUCAAUUACAGUUGUUUAUGUAUACAGAUAUAUAUAUAUAUAUGUGUGUGUAUGUGUAUGAAAGAACUGAGUUUAUUGACUUAUAUAUUGUCGCAGAUUAUAUUAUAAAACUCGAUACUCUCUUAUCAUUCAUUAUAUCCGUGUCCACGGGCCAAACAAAGCCCUAUGGUCCUAUAUCUGUAUUGUUUUUUUUUCCUUCUAUUUCCCUUAAGAUUGUAUUCUUGGAUUUUUUCGGAUUUUUGCACUACAAAGAAAAAACACAAAUACAAACAAACAAAAAAAAAAUUUCAAAAAAAUCACCGAAAUUCUUCUUUUGCGAUAUUUCCAACGUCAAAAAAAAAAAAAAAAAAAAAAGAAAAAGUGAAGAAUCAAACACAAAGCACGAAAAAAUUUGUCAAAAAAAAAAAAAAACAAUAUCGACCGAAAGAAGGAACAACGAAUAG